CCUUUUUUGUCUUAGCGUCGACUCUAAUGUUGGUGUGGUUAUUUUUUUCGGCGAAUGCAUAACGUAUACAUUAAUAUCCAGUUCAAGAUACUAAAAUGCCGCGACUCAAGAAAAAAAGUGCUGCAUUAAGGCGUAUGCGUGGUCGUAAAUACAUGCAAGAACAGAGAGCGAAAAAAAAAAGUCAACUAAUGCAAGAAAUGAUGGAGAAACAAGUUAGUGAUGGGGAGAAGAAGAUACAGGGUGAGGGAGUUGAAGAAACACAGAAUUAUGAUGAAACUGCGAAGGCAAAUGAGCAUAAGACCCCAUUGGAUUUUGAUUUCCAUGUAAAUGAGGUGAAAGUACAGAGCAUGUAUGUGGCAGGGAAUCAAGACUCUGAUGUGGAUAAGGAAAAGAGGAUCCAAGCCAUGGGAGUUCUAGAAACACAUGAUUGUGGUGAAGUUCAUGUUUCAGAGCACGAGGUAAUGCAGGACAGUGACAGUGAUCUACCGGUAGAUAUAAAUGAAAAGGUACUGAGCAUAGCAGAGAAUCAAGGCUCUGCUGUAAAUAAGAAUAUGACACAGGAGUUGGAGGAUGAAGAAAAACAUGUAAAUAAAGAGAAGAUACAAUGCAUAGAUGGGACGGAGAAUAAAGACUGUGAUAAUGUACAAUCCACAAAGAUGGAGCAUGAAUAUGAAUAUGAUGAAAUGAGUACAUCACAGACUAUAAAUGAGAUUCCAAUCUUUGAGGAGAAUGCAGAAAUACAGGUUGUUGAUGAUCUGAAGAAGCAAGGCAGUGAUGCAGGUAUGGAGACUGAGCAGCAAAAAGACUGUGAUACAGUCACAUAUGAAGAGAUGCUGGCUGAAGAAGAAGAAGAAGAGGAGGAGGAGGAGGUGGUGGAGGAGGAGGAGGAGAAAAAGAAGAAGAAGAAGAAAAAAAGACAAAAGCAUGAUAUAGAUAUGAAAGUACAAGACAUAAAGAUUGAGAACAUUGAGGAUACUGAUAUUUGUGAGAAAAGUGUUGAAAAAACAUCUUCAAGCAAUAAGUGUAAUAAGAAAAGUAAUAAAAAGGACACCUCAAAAGCAACAGGAGAAAAGAAAACAAAGAAAAAGGAAACAUCAUUUGAAUGUAACGAGUGUGGUAGAGUCUUUGCUCAGAAACCUACUUUAAAAGUUCAUAUGCGAAUACACACUAAAGAAAAGCCAUUCAAAUGUGAAGAAUGUGGCAAGGCGUUUACUCACAGGAAUACUUUAGCAGAUCAUAAAAGAAUACAUACUGGAGAAAAACCAUUUGAGUGUGAGUCAUGUAAAAAAUGUUUUGGAUCAAAGUCAAAUUUGAGAAGUCAUUUAUUAUCACAUAACACUGAUGUAAAUAAAAAAUUCAAAUGUGUAAUGUGUGAGAAAGCCUUCACGCAGAAGUUCCAUUUAACCAUCCAUUUUCGUACUCACACUGGUGAGAAGCCCUACCAGUGUCAAAUUUGUGGGCAAUGCUUCAGUACAAGUAAUAAUCUAAAGUUGCACACUCGAAUACAUAAUGAAGUACGAGAAAAACCACAUCAAUGUGAAGAGUGUGGUAAAACAUUUGUAGACAAGACUGGACUCAGAGUACAUAAAAGGACUCACACUGGUGAAAAACCAUUUCAGUGUGAGCAUUGUGGAAGGACUUUCACACAAAAAAGCCAGCUCGAUGGUCACAAGGCUAUCCAUUCAGCAGAACGGCAAUUCCAAUGUGAAAUCUGUGGGAAGGCCUUUAAAAAGAAGGUAUACUUGAGAAUGCAUCUAAGAACCCACACUGGUGAAAAACCCCAUAAAUGUGAAUUUUGUGGGCGAUGUUUUACACAGAGAAGCAUACUGACCCAACACUUGAGAACACACACUGGUGAGAAACCUUUUAUUUGUGAUCAGUGUGGACUGGGAUUUGUACAGAUGGGACACAUGAAACAACACAUGAAAAAGCAUGCAAAGGAAUUUCUAAAGCCUUGAUAAAAAUUCUGCUUGUAAUCUAAAACUUCUCGUAAUCCUCAAAACUCUUCUCAGCUACUGAGCACAGUAGCGGGUAUGUUUAUAUUUGCUUUCCAUUGAUGGAAACCCUAAAUAUAAUUGCAUUUGUAAUAACCAUAUUUUUAUGGAUGCUGUGUUACCUGUAUUUAGAGACAUUACUAAGAAUUAACGUUUGUGUGAUUUUUUUUUUUUUUUUUUUACUUGUAUGUGCUAUUGGAGAAAUGCACGACUUUUUAGUUUCUGACUUGCUUGGAGUAGCAUGCAUUUACCACUCACAAAUUGAGGUGAAACUAAGCUAUGCAGUGUCUGCUAUAACUUGUCAUAUUUGGUACAGUUGUACAUGCAUUUUUAACAAUCUAACUCUUCUAUUAACCCCUAUUUUUUGUAAAAUAGUUCAUAGUGUGCUUCAUAUUUACAUCUUAAUUAAUCGGAAUCUUAAUAUAUGAAAUGCGAAUAUCUCAUCUCUGCUAAUGUACAUAACAUUAUGGGGUGUUUGCAUUGGAAUUAUAUUAAUAUCAUUAGGUACUAGUAUUUGCUUUUUUAACGCUAGAAUAUAAUAUAUGAUACUCCCCUAUUGCAUGUUUUAAGUUGUGAACAAAAGUAUGGAAUCCAUAUCUAUUUUGGAUUCAAAGCACAAAUUGGGAUCUUGCCUGUUCUCUAAUAGUG